UGCAUGCAGUCAGCAGCUGGGAGGGAUGAGAAUAAAAAAACAGCGGCAAAAGGAGCUUAGCAGGACUCCCCUUCAGGCAUCCCAACAAGUCUGGACUGCUCUUCUGCUGCUUGUGCUCAGCUUCCCCUCCAAGCACGGCGGCAGCCUCAGGAGUCAGCCUGAGCGGCACACAGCAGAAGCGUCUCUGCAGGAUGCAGCUGCAGGACCUGACUCUCUGACUCCUUUCAGUUUGCGACGCUGGACCGUGGAGAUCGAGGGUGUAACGAGUGACCCUACAGAGUACGGAGAACUGAGGCUAUGCCACAGGUGGAAAGGUGAACAGCGGUAGACUGUGGACGAGACGGCGGAGAGAUCCUCGGGUUGUGAAGAUGUGGAUCUGGGCUUUUCCUUUGACUGUCCUGCUGUCUGUUAUGAAACCUGCUGAAUCUCAGGGCAGCUGCAACAAUGUCAAAGCAGCAGAUAUUAUGUUUCUGGUUGACGGUUCUGCCAGCAUUGGUCGAGGAAACUUCGAGUUAAUCAAGGACUUCAUGGCUGGUAUUACAAAGCCAUUUGCCGGCUCUGUUAGUGAGUCAGGGAUUCGGUUUGGGGUUGUGCAGUACAGCGACCAACCAAGGGUUGAGUUUACCUUCAGUACAUAUCCAAAUGGAACUGAACUUGUCAACGCGGUGCAGAAACUGAACUAUAAAGGCGGAAACACUCGAACCGGAGCUGGGCUGAAGUUUGUUGCUGAUAACUUCUUUAACACUGCUAACAGUCGUGAUGUCCCAAAGAUUACUAUUCUAAUCACGGAUGGAAAAUCCCAGGACCUUGUGCAGGAGCCAGCACAGAAGCUGCGCAGUCUGGGAGUGAAGGUUUUUGCCGUUGGCAUUAAAAACGCAGAUAAGAGUGAGUUGGCUCAGAUCUCUUCUGACCCCAGCAGCGACUUCACCUCUUUUGUUGGGGACUUUAAACUUCUCCGUACACUUAUUCCUGCUGUCAGCCCUCAAGUGUGUUCGGUAGCAGGAGGGGACUAUGCCAGCGAUGAGGCUUUUUCUGGUCCAUCCAACAUUCAGUUCACAGCGCAGACGUCCGAUUCUCUCCGGUUUCGUUGGAGUCCUGCCAGGGGCCCUGUGAACAGCUAUGUGGUUCAGUAUGUGCCACUCUCUGGUUUGGGUCAGCCAAUCAUAGCCGAACUGCGCCAGGAGACUGUUUCUGCCAGUCAAAGGACGUUUGCUGCUCGUGAGCUGAGAUCAGGAACAGACUAUCUGGUCACCGUCAUUGCCCAGUACCCCAACAGCGUGGGAGAGUCUACUUCUGCCAAACAACGAACGAGGUCCUUGCCAAGUGUUUUCAACUUUCGUCUCAUUCAGGCGGACUUCUUCUCUCUUUCUGUGGGCUGGGAUCAGCCUUCAUCGCCUGUUCAGGGGUACAGACUCACGUAUGGACCACGAGGUCAACCAGCAAAUCAGUUGUUGGAGCAGUCACUGUCUGCAGAGACCACAUCUGUCACCUUGGAGUCACUUCAGCCAAACACUGAAUACGUCAUCAGCCUUUACCCUUUGUUUCUGCGAAACGCUGCUUCGCCGUCCAUUCUCAACGCUCAAACGCUGCGUCUGGUGGCAGUGGAGCAGUUGUCAGUGGAGACGAUUUCAGAGGGCAGUGUUCGUGUGCGAUGGAGAGGCGUCAGUGGUGCCAGACAAUACCGUUUGGUAUGGGGACCUUUUAAAGGUCGCAGUUUUGAAACAGUGGAGGUCACAGGUGACAGUGAGCUCUACACUUUGUCUAGGGUGCAGCCUGACACUGAGUACAUUGUCACCAUCAUCCCGCUAUAUGAUGGCAACACCGAAGGACCCGUCACAACAGCACGAUUCAAGAUAGAGCGUCAGGAACAGCAAGUCCUCCGUGCAGUGACCACUGGACCCUCCACCAUCAGCCUCACCUGGAGGUUCAUUCCGUCUUCUCAAGGGUACCGACUGGAGUGGAGGGAGGGGCAAGGUAGCCGCGUGCAGACCCAGUCUUUCCCGAGAGGCAUCACCAGCUAUGUUCUAACAGGCCUUCGACCCAAAACGGAAUACAUCAUCACCCUCUACACCCUGUUCGAAGGCCGCGAGGAGGCCACACCUGCCUACACAAUACCUAGAGAGGAGCAGCCAGUGGGAAGAGUGUCCAACCUAAAAGUGGUAGAGUCUUUGGGCAGUACGGUCAGAGUUGGUUGGUCUGGCGUAGCUGGGGCUACAGAGUACAAAAUAAUUGUGCUGAACACAAAAGAGGGAAAAGAGGAAACGCUGAUUAUCCCUGGAAAUCAGACGACCCUUGACCUCAGAGACCUUUCAGUAGGAGUGUCGUACGGUGUGAGUGUCUCAGCACUAGUGGGAGAAAUUGAAGGAGAAACUGUCACAGCUUACAUCAAACCAGAACAAGUUACAGGCAAAGUGACCAAUCUCAGAGUGACAAAUGCAAACAGCCGGAGAAUACGUAUUGUCUGGUCAGGUGUCAGUGAAGCAACGGGAUACAGAGUUACUUGGAGACAGAAUAACAAUGGAGAGCAAACACGCCUUUUAGGCGCAGAGGCUUCUGCUUUUACCAUAGACGGCCUGCAGCCAGAUGAGGCUGUAGUGAUUGGUGUUGCAGCCAUAGUUGAUCAGCGUGUCGGAGAAGCUGUAACUCUGUCUGCACGGACUAAUCCUUCCAAUGGAGGGGUGUCUGGGCUUCGUGUCACUGAGAUCUCAUCUCAAAGCAUGCGGGUUUCAUGGUCACGAUCCUCUAGAGCCACUGGAUAUAAGAUCAGGUGGCGUCGUGAUGGUGGAGUGGAAACGUCUCAUACUGUGAAUGCGGAUAUCUCCUCGUACGUCAUUGAUGGGCUUGAGCCGAAUUCAGCUUACAGUGUGCAGGUUUCCACGCUUAGUGGAUCCCGAGAGGGAAGUCCUUCUUUUGUGAAUGUUAGGACUGCAGACGCAGUCCAAUCUAUUGUGGGGACAGUGACGUCACUGCAAGUCCAAGAGACCGGAACAGAGGUUGUCCGUGUCACCUGGGUGGGUGUACAGGGCGCAACAGCCUAUCGUGUGAGAUGGAGGAGGACAGAUGGUGGGGAGGAGAAGAGCCAGUUGGUGAGUGGAGAUGUGAGUGCUGUGGAUUUGGUCCAACUUGACCCUGGAGCUCAGUAUGAGGUUCAGGUCAUAGCCUUGGUUCAAAACAGAGAGGGGACCCCUGUGUCUGUCAGAGUCCUCACAACUGGUUAUGAUCCACCAACGCGUUCUUUGCUUUCUACAACGUUGCGAGUGACAGACAUUACCCAGGAGUCUGUGCAGCUACGCUGGAUUCUUCUUCCAGAUGCAACAGGUUACGUUCUUCGCUGGAAAGAGGAGACGGAUAUUGGACAAGGCUUGUCUGUCACUCUGUCGGCUUUGACCAACUCUUACGUGGUGAAUGGGCUGCGUUUGGGUCGUAGAUACAGGUUUACAAUUCAACCAACCUUUGCAAGUGAAGUCGGAACGGAAACCUAUGUGGAUGAACGCACAGUGUGUGUGGGCGGACGUCUUGAUGUGGUGUUUGUGGUGCCCGCGUCCACCGAUCGGGCCGGCUUGGCGGGACCUCUGCGUGAUCUCUUGACAAGUGUAACGGGAUCUCUGGCUGCCAUUGGACCUCGUGACUCACAGGUUGGAGUUGUGGUAUAUGGCUUUCGACCCAAAACAUGGUUUCUGCUCAGUCAUCAUAGCAGAUCUGAAACACUGCUUCAAGAGAUCCAGUCCAUGCCAUUUGAUGAAAGCCCUGGAAACAACAUUGGUCAAGCAUUGGCCUUCACCGAGCUGUACCUUCUAAACCCCUCAGCUGGACGGAGACCAAGAGUGCCUAGUGCCGUUGUCAUCAUCUCUGACAGAAGAUCUGUUGACAACGUGACGCUUUCAGCUAAUAGUCUGCGAGCAUCAGGUGUGACUGUGCUAGCGGUGGGCGUAAACCAAGCAUCUACUGAGGAGCUGCGGCGCAUUGUGACGGAUGGUAGCACCCAAAACAUCCUGUAUGCCAGCAGUGCAGCACAGCUGAACACGCUCCAUGCGGACCUGGCCGAUCUGCUCUGUGGCAUUGCCAGAAUACCAGAAGUAAUUCCAGGUCCAGAUCAGUGCACCAUUCAAUGUCCUCAGGGUGAGAAGGGGGAUCGUGGAGAAAAGGGGGAAAGAGGCAGAGACGGGGCAGAAGGACGCAAAGGGGAGCCUGGCCGUGAUGGUUUGCCUGGAAGAGAAGGCCCCAGAGGUCCUGAAGGUCGUCCAGGUUCACCGGGUCAGAGUAUCCCUUUUGAACCUUCACUUGGGACAAAAGGGGAGAAAGGAGAACGAGGAUUCCCUGGUAUUGAUGGAAAUCCUGGUUUGCCAGGGCGACCAGGUGCUCCUGGAAACAUAGGCGUUCCAGGUUCCCAAGGCCUGCCUGGAGUCAGAGGAAACCAAGGUGAAGUGGGAAGGCCAGGGCCACUUGGACCAAAGGGUGAUAAAGGUGAAAGGGGGGAGCCGGGUUCUCCUGCAACAGGUGGGGGGCUACCCGGGAGAAAAGGGGAGCCAGGUCUACCUGGAAUACCAGGAACUCCGGGCCGACCAGGCAAUGACGGAGCUAAAGGAAGCUCUGGAAUUCCAGGGACACCGGGCCAAGAUGGCCGUCCAGGGAUACCAGGAACACCGGGACUCCCCAUCAAGGGAGAUAAGGGGAGCACAGGAGAGAGGGGGCCUCCAGGAGUUGGCAGCGGGGCCACCGUGAAGGGAGAAAAGGGCUCCCCGGGGGUUCCAGGAACUCAAGGUCCCAGAGGACCAGCAGGACCAGAGGGCAAGAAAGGAGAAAAGGGAGAUGAAGUGGCUGGGCUGCCUGGACCUCCAGGAAAGCAGGGAGAAACAGGGGAGCGGGGUGCUCGUGGCCCUGCAGGAGAAAUUGGCAACAAGGGUGACAGAGGACAGCCAGGCGAGCCUGGAUCGCAGGGGGACAGGGGCGAAAGAGGACCGGCUGGUGAACGCGGGGAAAGAGGUGAUCCCGGAAAGCCAGGAACUCCAGGAACACCGGGAUUAAGGGGCUUACCAGGACCCCUCGGACCACCAGGAGAGAAGGGAAAUGAAGGCGCACGAGGAGAGCCUGGUCGAAGUGCACCAGGGUUACCAGGAAGGAAAGGAGACCAGGGGGAGCUAGGUCAAGCUGGUCCCGAGGGUCCACGGGGAGAUAAAGGAGACAUGGGACAAAAAGGAGAGAAAGGCUCUCCUGGCACUGGAGGGUCAGGUGUUGGAAUCAAAGGAGAACCAGGAGAACGAGGUCCCGCUGGUAUUAGUGGGCGCCCGGGCUCCAAGGGAGAUGCUGGUGAACCUGGAGAGAGGGGAGAGGACGGCCGGCCAGGAAACCCUGGAAAACCUGGUGUCCCUGGAAAAGAGGGGGAAAAAGGAGACAAGGGAGAUGAAGGCACACCUGGGGAGUCUGGACUUCCAGGGAAGUCAGGAGAACGAGGGUUGCGGGGACUGGCUGGUCAGCCAGGACGACAAGGAGAGAAAGGAGACACGGGAGACCCAGGAGAGCACGGGCGAAAUGGCAGCCCUGGACCUGCAGGACCAAGAGGAGAGAAAGGAGACCAGGGACCACAAGGGCCUCCAGGAGCACCAGGAAAAAUGACUGAUAUUCAGAAUCAACUCAAGGGGGACAAAGGAGAUAAGGGGGAUGCCGGUGACCCUGGAGAGCACGGUGGCAAAGGUGUUAAAGGGGAAGCGGGGGCUCCCGGACCUUCAGGCCCUCGUGGUCCAGAGGGACCGCAGGGGCCCUCAGGCACCAGAGGUGACAGAGGAGAGAGAGGAACACCUGGAGAAAAGGGAGAAAGAGGAGCAUCUGGCUUGGAUGGACGUCCUGGUCUGGAUGGAAAGUCUGGCCCACCAGGACCACCUGGGCAAAGAGGAGAUCCUGGUAAACAGGGAGACUCAGGAAGAGAUGGAUUACCAGGAUUAAGAGGAGAGCAAGGCCCUCGGGGCCCCACUGGGCCACCAGGCAACCCAGGAACACCUGGUAAAGAUGGUCAAGACGGCAAACCUGGUCUUCCUGGGAAAACGGGGGAGGAUGGAGUGCCAGGUGAAGAUGGGAGAAAGGGUGACAAAGGAGAACCUGGAGGAACAGGGCGACAUGGCCAAGACGGUGAGAAAGGGGACCGGGGUCCUGUUGGGCCUGUAGGCCCCUCUGGUUCCCCAGGAGCCCCAGGAUUGCCUGGCAGCAUUGGUCCACCAGGACAGGUUGUGUACGUAAAAGGAGUCGAAGCUUCACCAAUCCCAGGCCCCCAGGGCCCCCCUGGUACACCAGGCGUCCCUGGAAUUCCAGGAAGUGUGGGAGCCCGGGGGGAGAGGGGUCCAGCAGGCCCUAAAGGGGAUGCAGGAGACCCAGGAGAGGAUGGUGCUCCUGGUAAACCAGGAACUACAGUGGAUGUACAAAGAGCUCUUAUAACCCUUGGCAUUAAGGUGUCUGAUCUGAAAGUGCUCCUUGAUAGGAAGGACACUUUUCCCUCUGAAAGGCAAGAGCCAGAGAAAGGGGAAAAGGGAGAUAAAGGUGAAACGGGACCGAGAGGACCUUCUGGUGCAGAUGGUGUCCGUGGUUUUCAAGGAGAAAGGGGUGCCAAGGGGGAACAAGGGGCGCAAGGAUCUGUGGGAUCCCCCGGCCCUCCAGGAAGAGCCAUUGGAGAACGAGGGCCACAGGGGCCCCAAGGACCUGCUGGAGAGCCUGGAAAGCCAGGAAUCCCUGGAGUUCCUGGACGAGCAGGGGAACUCGGGGAGGCUGGAAGACCGGGAGAGAAGGGGGACAAAGGAGAAAAGGGUGACAAAGGAGACUCUGGUAAAAUGGGAUUAGUGGGACCAGCAGGACCUCCAGGUGAAAAGGGCGCAACUGCUGAUUCGGGGAUAGUUGGUUCUCCUGGACUCAGAGGUCCCCCUGGAGUUGCAGGACAGAAAGGAGAGCCUGGUGCUAUUGGAUCACAGGGAUCCAAGGGUGAUCAGGGUUUUGUGGGACCACGUGGACAGAAAGGAGACAGAGGAGAGCCUGGAGAAAAAGGACGUGAGGGCUCACAGGGGACCCCAGGAGAACCAGGAACACCUGGUCAAGAUGGAAAACCGGGCUUGCCUGGGUUCCCGGGAGUUCUAGGCAGACCGGGAACUCCAGGAGAGCCUGGCAUUAGGGGUCCUACUGGCCCGAUGGGUCCCACAGGUCUGCCAGGUCCAAUUGGUGUGAAGGGCAAUCAAGGGGAGCCAGGUGUUGGUGUCCAGGGUCCUCCUGGUGCUCAAGGAAGCACGGGUCUGCCAGGACCACUGGGUCCUCCUGGAGCUGUGGGUCCUCAGGGCCCCCCAGGACUGUCAGGACAGGUGGGUGAAGCAGGCAAACCCGGAGUUCCAGGAAGAGAUGGAGUUCCUGGCAAAGAUGGACUUCCUGGAUUACCAGGAAAGCAGGGCAUUUCUGGGUCUGUGGGUCUGCCUGGGUUAAAAGGAGAACAGGGAGACAGCGGCCCUCCAGGGAAGGCUGUGGCUGGGCCCCCUGGACCUAAAGGAGACAGGGGUCCACCGGGUCAAACGCUACCAGGUAUAGCAGGAGAGCAGGGUCUACCUGGAGAGAAGGGUAACAAAGGGGACAGAGGUAACCUGGGCAUCAAAGGAGAAAGAGGAGUGGCUGGUGAUCCUGGGGAGAGUGGGGAGGAUGGAGCAAAGGGAGAUUCUGGGCCAAAAGGAGAUAAAGGGGAGAAGGGUGUAGGGCUGCCAGGUCCAUCUGGUCGAGUUGGGCCUCCAGGUUUGAAAGGAGAUCCAGGGCUUCCAGGCUUAGCUGGUCCACCAGGCCCCUUGGGAAAGUCAGGCGACCCUGGUCUGCCUGGCACAAGAGGUGAAAAUGGACAGCCAGGACCUCCAGGACCCGCAGGGGAGAGGGGCCUCCAAGGUUUUGCAGGGCGUGUAGGGAAUGCUGGAGCUCCUGGUCCUGCUGGUCCUCCUGGACAGCCUGGGUCUCCUGGUACCAAUGGGGUCAAAGGAGACAAGGGGGAAGUUGGUGUCGGCGUUCCUGGUCUCAGAGGAGAAAGAGGAGAUCCGGGACCCAGAGGAGAGGAGGGUCGGGCCGGCAUAGACGGAGAGAGAGGUUCAACGGGACCCCCAGGAAGUCGAGGUGCUCGUGGGGAGAAGGGAGAUUUGGGGCCUCAAGGUGAGAAAGGAGACAAGGGGGACACGGUGUUGGUUGGAGGACCUGUUGGAGAAAAGGGCACCAAAGGAGAAAUGGGUGACCGAGGACCAAAAGGUACACAGGGAGAAAAAGGGGUGAAAGGUCAAGAAGGCCCCUCAGGAGAGCAGGGUCAGAGGGGAGAGCCUGGAGAAAAAGGAUCGACUGGAUUCCCCGGUGCCCGUGGGCCUGGAGGACAGAAGGGAGAAGCAGGCGAACCUGGAGUACCUGGUGAAUCAGGCUUACCUGGAAAAAAUGGUCUGCUUGGCCCAAGAGGGGAGAAAGGAGAAAGUGGGAUCACUGGAAUGAGAGGAAUCAAGGGUGACCGCGGACCCAAAGGGGCUUGUGGAAGUGAUGGCCCCAAGGGAGAUAAGGGGGAUUCUGGCAUACAUGGGCGUCCGGGUCUACCAGGAAGAAAAGGUGAACAGGGAGAUAUUGGACCCCCCGGGGUCACUGGAAUCCCAGGAAAAGAGGGUAUAGUUGGCCCCAAGGGUGACCGUGGAUUCGAUGGAGUCCCUGGACCCAAAGGAACGCAAGGAGAAAAGGGUGAACGGGGUCCACCUGGUGUUCCUGGUCCUCCAGGUCCCAGAGGAGUGGAUGGGCCUUCCGGCUUGACUGGCCCACAAGGACCAGCUGGUGCUAAAGGCCCAGAGGGGCUGCAGGGACAAAAGGGAGAGAGGGGUCCAGUCGGUCCUGCAACGGUUGGUCCGCGUGGAAUCCCAGGGAUACCAGGGGAGCGUGGAGAGUCUGGAGAGAUGGGGCCAGAUGGAAUAAAGGGAGACAAAGGAGAGCCAGGCAUGACGGAGGAUGAGGUCAGAGAGUAUGUUCGCUCAGAGAUGAAUCAGCACUGUGCGUGUGGAGGUUUAGGCCCAGAAUCUCGGUCCAAGCCCACAGUCAGGGCUCGGUCUCCAGCAGAGCAACAGCUGGUACUGAAGGGGGAGACGGGCCGCGAGCUCCAUGUAGUGGUGAACACCCAUGACCCAGACUAUGAACACAUCUACUCCAUCGAGGCCCUGGAUGACCCCGCUGAUGAGCAGCUCUAUCUCUCUACACAGCCAGUAAACCAGACCGGAGAUCAGGAUGAUGGAAAAGAUUCAGAGAAAACAGUCAGAACCAAAGCAAGUAAAUCAGCAAGUGCUGACAUUCAGCCAGUAACAGCAACCGGUGGUGAGAAAGCAGUCAAGAACAGUUCAGUCAGGUCCAAGAGGAGGGUAAAAGAGGAAGACUCGUGCCUGCUCUCCAUGGAUGAGGGGAGUUGCCAACGAUACACUCUGCGCUGGUACUUCAGCAGUCAGGCUGGAGCAUGCAGACCCUUCAUCUACAGUGGCUGUGGAGGCAACAGCAACCGCUUCCUCCAUCAGGAGGAAUGUGAGGAGCUCUGCCUUGGGAAGGCUGAAGGUCCUCGUCCAUCAAAAACGGCGCGGUGAUUGUGGCUAUCAAAUCCCCCGGCACAAGAGUGUUUUAGUCUUUAAAUGGAAUUUGUGUGUUAUAUUUUCAAGUCAAAACAAUGAUAUAUGAUUUUGUUUAUUUAUUGUUUUUUUUAUACCCAGCUCGCCUUAACAUUGUCUUGAAAAAAUACAUCAUAACGACUUCUUGCUGUGAUUUCCUAAAUGAAAAGAAAACUGAGUACAAUUCUUUCUGUGCAAACGUGUUGUUUUCAUACUUAACAGCAGUUGUGUCCCAUUCUUUUAAAGUCAGAGGUUAUACAUAAAUGCAUUAUUAAAAGGUCUUGGUAACCUUACAUCUUGAGUUGUUUCUGUAAACUCUUGAUUACUUCUACUUUCAGUCCAAGUUAAAAUAUAAACAAAUGUGCAAAUUCCAUAGAAAAUACACUGGAGGAAUUUUGUCUCUAUCACAUAAUGAAUACACAGGGAGAGUGUCCAAAUGUUAAACAGAAGACAGUUACAGUUUAAAAUCUAUUUUUCAUCAUUCUUUUUGGUAAAUGUUAUUGCACACUUUUUCGUUAUUUCAGUGAAGCAUUUCUUGUUACAUCAAAACAGCGGAUUAGUCAGGUGUAAUAGGAUAUUUGUGGUCCCUCCAUGUAGUCAUGUUUACAGAUUAUUGAUCUUGUUCUGUGCUAAGGUACAAAAAUUGGCAAUCUUGGCUUUUAUUUUUCCUUGUUUUAAUUUUUUUUCAGAUUAAAUGCACAUUUAGUUUCAGUGAAACAGGAAACAUGUUAACUGGAUCAAGACGAACUAACCCUUUGUGCUCAGAUUGAAUAACAAUACUUUAGUUUUGGAACUACUAUAUAGAAUGAAUCCUCUGGCAGUGGGUAUAGGGGGUCAGCUUGCAAACUUCUUUCUGAAUAUAUUGAAGCAAAUCAUUUCAAUCUGUAGGAUUUAUGUAAAGCAUAAAGAGUUUUUUUAUGUAGUGGCGUUGGCCAUGAGGUGGCACAUUUUUUUCCAACAAAUAUAUGCAUUUUUUCCUGUCACCAGUCCUCUUUGACAGACAAGUCCAUUAGGCUUCAUUGCAACUUCAAUCUAGUGCUCUAAAUAUGUUUUUUUUUUCAAAUCUAAAUGAUCGUUUUAAACUUUGCUGCUUCACUUUUUGUCAUUUUUCUUGUUCAAACCACAUGGUUUUCUUUUGUGCACUGUAAAAUGUUUUCUACACACCAUAAAAGAGGAGUUUAUUCCAGCUCACAAAAUAAACCAAAUAAUUUGAACUCCUCAAAUCAUGCAUACUCAUUUAAAUUACUUUUUAAAAACGUUUAAGUCCUGUUCUCUGUUCAUUUUAUCAAAUUGGUGUUUCUGUGUCCAGAUCUUUGAUCUUUGAUUUCCUGUUACCUUAACCAGUUUCAUCUUUGCUCACAGGAUGUAUUUAGCAGGCAAGAUUUUUGAGAUGUUUCUUAAAAUAGAAAAAAUGUUUAAUUCAUACAUUGAGUAACAAGUUGGCCAACAUUUUAACUGGGCUACUCGCACAUAAAGGCAUCAAAAAAGACAGCUUACGCAAAAUGUGGAAAGCGCUUUCAUCUUCAAACUGUCACAAUAAAAGACCUGUUUUCUUUUAUCCAAAAUAAAAGUCCAAGCAUUAGUAUACCGAGUCAUCAUUCUAAAUAUACUUUUUAAAUAUGAAGAAACAAGCGCAAUGUUCUUUGUGCGUAAAAAUGUUUUUUCUUUUGUAGGGUUUUGCUUUUCAUGACUGCAUGUUUAUCUGCCAGUGAAAAGGUGCUAUUUUUAUAGGUGCUGUUUUUGUUGUGUUGAAGGUGUGAGCGUUUUAGUGUUCUUGUGGUAAUGAAUGACAUUUUUAUGAAACCAUUCCAAUAAACCAAGUUUCUGAACAAAA